AUGGCGGACGCCGGUAGCAAGCAUGAUAUUCGGGGUGCCCUCGCAAAUCCUGGAGGUUGGACUAGUUUGCUGACAUUUUUUAUCCUCACACUAGCCUGCCUAGCUGGUUUCAGCGCUCGGCUUUUUGCUGUCAUAAGAUUUGAGAGCAUAAUCCACGAGUUCGAUCCAUGGUUCAACUAUCGUGCCACGCAUCACAUGGUCACACAUGGGUUUUACAACUUCUUGAAUUGGUUCGAUGAGAGAGCAUGGUAUCCACUGGGAAGAAUUGUUGGCGGCACGGUUUACCCCGGCUUGAUGGUCACAUCUGGGGCGAUUCACUAUGUUCUCGACCUUCUCAACAUCCCUGUUCACAUCCGAGACAUCUGUGUAUUCCUAGCUCCAAUAUUCAGUGGUCUCACGGCCAUCUCGACAUACUUCUUGACAAAGGAGUUAUGGAAUUCUGGUGCUGGUCUAUUCGCAGCUUGUUUCAUUGCUAUUGUUCCGGGUUACAUCAGUAGGUCGGUUGCUGGGAGCUACGACAACGAAGGCAUUGCUAUCUUUGCUCUCAUGUUCACAUACUAUUUAUGGAUAAAAUCCAUAAAGACUGGUUCUAUAUACUGGGGAGUCUUAACGUCUCUGUCCUAUUUUUAUAUGGUAUCAGCCUGGGGUGGCUAUGUGUUCAUCAUCAACCUCAUCCCUCUUCAUGUAUUUGUCCUUUUACUCAUGCAGAGGUAUUCUAGAAGGAUUUACAUAGCUUACACAACGUUUUAUAUCAUGGGAUUAGUGUUGUCAAUGCAGAUACCAUUUGUUGGGUUUCAGCCACUCAGAACCAGUGAACACAUGGCUGCCGCAGGUGUGUUCGCCCUGUUGCAGGCCUACGGGGCAUUGAAGUUCACUCAAGGAUUCCUGUCCAAAAAAGAAUUUAGAACGUUUUUCGUCACUGCCAUAAUUGGAGCUGCGGGCUUAGUGUUCCUUGCAGUUGUCGGUCUCACAUAUGCAGGUUACGUAGCCCCCUGGAGUGGGCGCUUCUACUCCCUGUGGGACACCGGAUACGCCAAGAUUCACAUUCCUAUCAUCGCGUCGGUGUCCGAACACCAGCCGACCACAUGGGUGUCAUUUUUCUUUGAUCUGCACAUCCUGAUCUGCACGUUUCCUGCAGGUGUCUGGUUCUGCAUCCGGGAAAUCAACGAUGAAAGAGUAUUCAUUGUGCUGUACGCAAUCACUGCCUCGUAUUUUGCCGGUGUGAUGGUGCGACUCAUGUUGACGUUGACCCCUGUGGUUUGCGUCCUAUCGGCCAUCGCAUUCUCCAAGAUCUUCACCAUCUACUUGAAAGAUGAACCGGUGGUGAAACCGACAGAUGAGUUAGAGGAGAGCAAGGAUGCGAAGAAUGACAAAUAUUAUGAUAAGGUCGGCAAGGCAAAGAAAAUCAAAGAAGACAAACCUAAGGAGCAGGAGGCAAUCGGCAUGAAUAUCAAGAGUGUGGUUGUCAUAGCAACACUGAUGAUGCUGAUGCUGUUUGCGGUGCACUGUACCUGGGUGACCAGCAACGCCUAUUCCAGUCCCAGUAUUGUCUUAGCUUCUUAUGGACAUGACGGGUCUCGCACGAUUCUUGAUGAUUUCCGUGAGGCCUACUACUGGUUGCGACGGAACACCGAUGAUAAGGCCCGAGUCAUGAGCUGGUGGGAUUACGGUUACCAGAUAGCUGGUAUGGGGAAUAAGACGACACUGGUUGAUAACAACACUUGGAAUAACAGUCAUAUUGCGUUGGUUGGUAAGGCGAUGUCCUCCAAUGAGACAGAGGCCUAUAAAAUCAUGCGAAUGUUAGAUGUGAAUUACGUCCUGGUGAUCUUUGGUGGUGUGAUUGGCUACUCGGGUGAUGACAUUAACAAGUUCUUGUGGAUGGUUAGGAUUGCUGAGGGGGAACAUCCCAAGGACAUCAAGGAAUCUGACUACUUCACCCAGCAAGGUGAAUUCCGAGUGGAUUCAGCCGGUUCACCAACCCUCCUCAACUGCUUGAUGUAUAAACUUAGUUACUUUAGAUUUGGAGAGCUCCAGCUUGACUUCCGAACCCCAGCUGGUUUCGAUCGUACCAGAAACGUCGAGAUCGGCAACAAAAAUAUCGCGUUGACACAUUUGGAAGAGGCUUACACGACUGAACACUGGUUGGUGAGAAUAUACAAGGUGCUUGAUCUACCCAACAAGGACAAGGUGUCGGCCCCGAAGAAGCCGGCGAGACGAAUAGCAUCGAGAAAGACCCGGUCCAGAAAGAAAGGAGCUAUCAAAUACAAGCCAAAAAUUAUCAAGGGCAGGAAAUCAAAAGCACGAAAAUAAACGUUGGCAGAAAUAUAUAAAGAGUAGAUAGAACAUUCUUGAGCAGUUAUAUGGGUUGUGCAAGUGUCAAGCCUGGUUUGGAGGAGACUUGACUAGAGCCUGGUAUAUGAAUGUGACUGUGGAAUACCUUUAAUGUGAAUUUCUUGUUUCUGUUCCAUGUUAUUGCAUUUGAAAAGUAGUGGUACCAAUGUACAGGGCGUGUCAAAGUAAAAUGGUAGUUUUGUUCACCAACAAGAGUUCAAGAUUUGGCCGAUUGUUUUCUCAUGGUAAAUAUUUGAAAAAUGCAUGUAAUUCUUUUUUUGGCUACCAUGCAAAAUAUGUGACUCGCUCUACCAAAACUAGGCGCUUGUCGCAUCUGAACUCGACAGGUUGAUACGGACUUGUUGUUCAUUUCCCUAUUGUAGACCUUUUGUGAAAUCUAUUACAAACUGAUUUGGUCACAUUUCACAAAAGGUCUACAAUAGGGAAAUGAACAACAAGUCCGUAUCAACCUGUCAAGUUCAGAUGCGACAAGCGCCUAGUUUUGGUAGAGCGGGUCACAUAUUUGCACUCCUGACAUUGUAUGUAAACGAUUUACUUUGAUGCACCUUUGAGAAUUUGUAGGAUAAAUGAAAAACAGCGACGACCAUGUAAAGAUUAUUACCCAAUGUUAACUUUGUAAUGUAUGUUGCCAUACAUUUUGUACUUGACGACAUGAACGGUUUCGUUAUUCUGUAAUUUUCUUAUGAUGCAACGAGGUAAAUAUGUGACCCGUCACAGCAAAACCAGGUGCAUGUCGCUCUGAGCUUGGCAGCUUGAGACGGACUGUUUGAUCAAUUCUCUGUUGUCUGCCUUUUGUGAAAUAUGAGCACAUCAAUUUCUUCCAUUAUCUCCUGGUGUCACUUUGGCUCAUCUUCUGUGCGACAUGCGCCUGGUUUUGCUGUGACGGGUCACAUAUAUCUAAAUCUUUUCAACUGGCUAUAAACAGUCAUAGAGAAAGCUAGUUGUGAGUUACACGGAAGAAAUCAAAAAAGUGGUCCCAGUCCAGCUUCUUCAUCUCAAGUAUUUCGUGAUUUGGAUUAUAGGGGUGUUAGUCUGAGGCUCGUAUUCUCUGAAAUUCUGCAUCUGUGUAGAGUUUCGUUCCUGUGACUCCGGGGAUAUUUUCUAAACUUGAUACCAAUCUUCAUUGCAUAAAAUUACUACUUAAAUCAAACUGCAUAGUAUUUUCUCUGAGUGGUCGUACUCAAAUUGUGACUGUUGUAUGUGUAUGUAAAGGGUUGGGGAGAAAUUAAUGUUCCAGAACUUAAAAUAUUUAGAUUAUUUGUGUUUACUUGUAGAAUCAAGUGCAGUAAUUGGCUAGCUACCUUUGCUGGUACCCUGGCUAGACAUUUCUCCUGUCAUGGGAAACGCUUCGUUGUUGUGAGAUUAUGAUUGUUCUGUUGCGCCUUAAGUCAUGACGCCUUUCCCUUUAUGCUGUGUUUUCUGUGUGCUGCUGUCACCGUGGUUACUGAACUGUGAAAAUUGUUUUUGGUCCGAAAAUUGAAAGCCAACUUGGAAGACGGUUGCCCCAAAAGGAUGUGCAAAUUUUUUUUCUAAAAACCCUGUAUGUUAUCAUAAACAGAAAUAAAAAAGUCAUAGGCCUACUUAAUUCAUCCAUGACAGAAAAAAAAUUGUUUCAAAGUCACUGCUUUAGAGGUGAACUGUCAACUGUCUGCUGUAAACACCAUUAUUUUCACAGCCUAUUACCAUGUAUGUCCAUCUAACGAAUCUCCUAUUAGAAACCAUUUACCAUGUUGUGUCGCAAUGAUUACAAUACUAGACAUGUAUAUCUCCCUAAGCAGACACCUCUGUCUUUAUGCAAGUAUCAAUUCGUGUCUUGUACCCCCCUCCUCAAGGGUACGACACCUUAUCACCCUAUAACGACAUCUUAAGGCUCAAGCAUCACCCUUUUUUCACCAAUGCUACUUUUUCUUUCGUCAAGACAUCACCAUCAACAAUAUAUCAGUUAUCACCGUCAUAUAAAGUAACCGGACUAAUUUUACUGGGUAAGGCUGUAUGUUCGACAAGACAUCGACACAUUAGCAUCCUUAUUCUUUCCAGCUUCGCCAAAUUUUCACUAAAGGAAAAAUAAAUACUACUCAAGCAUCGGCAAAGAUUAGUGGUGAUAGCUUAAUUACCCUUGAGGAGGGGGGUACAAGAAACGAAUUGAUACUUGCAUUAAUAUCAAGGACAGCACCUCUCGGUCUCAAGAGUGGGUUCCACUGUAAUUGUACAAUUAUCAAAUAAUGGUACAUUCAUUAUGUACAUGUACCAGUGGAGAGUUCAUAAAAAGGUAGUGUAUGUUAUUAAAAUGGCAUUGGUAAUCAUGGUAUUGGUAUAUUUACAAGGACCGUGUGUACCAUUAGAGUUGACUUUAUGCUUUAAUGUUACCAUCUCAUUGGUACACACCAUUAUAGUGGACACAUAUUUGUACUAUUAGAGUGCCCAAGAGUCAGUGGUGGUACUUCACAGAAUGCAUGUACAUUUGAAAUAUUUUGUAAAUAUGGCAAGAAGACUAGCUUGAAA